CGCAGUAGUCAAUGUAAAAUGGCGACGGCUUCCGUGUAUUGAAGAGGAUAAAAAAUUUGAGCGAAUAAACGUUUUUACGAAGAAAACCAACGUUUUACUUUUGGUUUGACAAGAUUAAGAUAAUGCCCGAGGAAGGGACGACGCAGGCUGGCUCCGAGGGAAUAGUGGGCUCCGAGGGAAUAGUGGGGCUUGAUGAGCCCAAGAAGAUGACCAGAGAGGACUGGAGGAAGAAGAAGGAGCUAGAGGAACAAAGAAAAUUGGGAAAUGCUCCAGCUGAGGUGGAUGAGGAAGGAAAGGAUAUUAAUCCUCAUAUACCACAGUAUAUUUCAUCAGUGCCAUGGUAUAUCGACCCUUCAAAGAGGCCUACACUAAAGCAUCAGAGGCCACAGGACGAAAAACAACCGCAGUACUCUUUCAUUGGAGAAUGGUACAAGAGAGGGGUGCAAGACACACCUUUGACUACAAAAUUCCGUAAGGGAGCUUGUGAAAACUGUGGUGCCAUGACACACAAGAAGAAAGACUGUUUGGAGCGGCCCAGAAAGGUGGGGGCAAAGUUCACAGGCAUAAGCAUUGCACCAGAUGAACACAGUCAGGUGCAGCUGUCAUUGGACUAUGAUGGGAAGAGGGAUCGCUGGAAUGGGUAUGAUCCUGAAGAUCACCAGCGCAUCGUGGAGGAGUAUGCCAAAGUCGAUUUGGCCAAGAGGACGCUGAAGGCCCAGAGGCUUCAGGAUGAGUUGGCUUCAGGGAAACUGAUGGACCAAGCUGAGCGGGAACAUGACAGUGAGGAUGAGGAUGAAGAUAAAUAUGCUGAUGACAUCGACAUGCCUGGUCAAAACUUCGACUCCAAAAGACGUAUCACUGUCAGGAAUCUGCGUAUCAGAGAAGAUAUUGCAAAGUACUUGAGGAACUUGGAUCCCAACUCGGCCUACUAUGACCCCAAGACUCGCGCUAUGAGGGAGAACCCAUAUUUCAACACUGGCAUGAAUCCUGAUGAGGUGGGAUAUGCUGGAGACAACUUUGUACGUUACACAGGGGACACCAUAACCAUGGCCCAAACACAGUUGUUUGCCUGGGAGGCCUAUGAGAAAGGCUCUGAGGUGCACCUGCAGGCUGAUCCUACAAAGCUGGAGCUGCUGCACCAGUCCUUCAAGGUUAAGAAGGAGGAUUUCAAAGAAAAACAGAAGGAGAGCAUCCUAGAGAAGUAUGGAGGCCAGGAGCAUCUAGAUGCACCUCCUCGGGAGUUGCUGUUGGCCCAGACAGAGGACUACAUGGAGUAUUCCCGCCAUGGUGCUGUACUAAAAGGACUUGAGAAGGCGGUGGCCAGGUCCAAGUAUGAAGAAGAUGUGCUUAUCAACAAUCACACAUGUAUUUGGGGGUCUUACUGGAAGGAUGGCUUCUGGGGUUUCAAGUGCUGCUAUUCCAUGGUCAAGCAGAGUUACUGCACUGGAAAGGCUGGAAUCGAAACAGCUAGCAGUUCGGCCUGCGUCCCAUUUGAAGAGGGAUUAGAGGAGCCUAAGGAGGAAGAACAACCAAAGUCUUUACUGGAAAUGCACCAAGAGAAGAUGAAAGAGAAAAAGAAGAAAAAGAAAAGCAAAAAGAACAAGAAGAAACACAGCUCUGAUAGCAGUGAGUCAGAGGAUGAAGAGAAAAAGAAAGAGAAACUGAGAAAGGCCCUAGAUGCAGAGGACAAGCGUCUGAGGCAGGUGGAAGCGAUAAUGCAGCUGGAUGAGAGAAAGAGGCCCUACAGCAGCCUGCAGGAGGUGAAGGAGCCCACUGAGGAGGAGAUGGAGGCCUUCCGCAUGAAGCGCAGCCGGCCAGAUGACCCAAUGGCCUCCUUCCUGGGACAGUGACCUCCUUCCAGCCCUGUAGACUUUAAGUCAUUUGGUGCCGCAGCACACUAUACUGAUGUGUCUUUUGGCAAUCACUGCCACAGGUUUUUUUUUUAGAUAUAUAUCUGUUGUAAAUACUGAAUAGAUCUGCAGUAAAAAGCAAGCUUGGGACUAAUGUAACAUAUUUACUUGGGUGUAAUAAAUGCCUUCAUGGCUCAAUACACUUUUUACACA